AUGUCAAGCACUCCAAGUUUACCAAAAUACUCCCAACUUCACGGCAACGAAAGCUACAGCGAUAUCGAGCCGCCACCAAGAUCUCGAACAAUCGAUAAGAUCAAAUAUGCUUUCAGUGCCACCGCGCUGGGCCUAGUCGCCUUCGGCAUCAUCCUCGCUCUCUUACUUUCCCUCUCUCUCCUCCUCGUCCUGAUAUUCCCUCACAUACUUCCAAACCUGAGCUCCUCAUGUUCUGCAUCACCAUCAUCAUCUGCGGGUCACUCAGGCGCCCUCCAAGCGCCCUCGGGCUACAAAGCCGGCACCUCCCAACUCUGCGGUAACUCUCCCGCCGAGGCUGAAGCCGCAGGCUGCGUCUUCGACCUAAUGACCGUAUCCUGGCUCCCCCUCGAAUGCUACGACGGCGAACUCACCACCAAAUUCAUGGAAGAAGGCCCCUGGAAUUUUUACCUCAGCAACUCCACGCGACCCGAGGCGCUUCCAGAAGAAAGAGUGCAGAUACCUUCUUUAAAAGAUAUCAGCCAGACGACCGAGCUCAUGUGGACGGAUCGCCGCUUCCACGUGUACCAUUGCAUUUACGGGUGGAAGAUGAUGCAUCGGGCUAUUGAGCGCGGGUGGAAGAUGGAGAGUUCGCUCGCGACGUAUCAUCAUACGGAACAUUGCUCGGAUACGCUAGCGAAUACGUCGGUGCCGUUGGAUAAGGUGGUGACGAGGGUUGAGAUUUCGUAUCCGGCAUGUUGA